AUGACGACCGGCACCUUCAAGUACAUCGACCUUGACUCCUUCACCGGCAAGCCGUGGGGCAAGGUCGACGUCGACAAGACGUCCUUCCAGAGGGUGGAGCGCCAGCGUUCCGUCGCCGACAUGCGCGCGGCCGGGCUCGACAGCUUCUCCACGGAAACCGCCGGCUUUGGCGUCUACCACGCGCCCUCGCUUGAGAAGACCUUCACCGACGACGCCGCCGUGCGUGGGCCCUACUACGCCGAGGUCGAGGCCCUGCUGCGCGCAAAGUUGCCAGGCGUCGCCAGGGUCGUCAUCUUCGACCACACCAUCCGCCGUCGCGUCGAGGGCGCCGCCCGCCAGCCCGUGCAGCAGCUGCACGUCGACCAGACGCCCUGGGCCGCCGAGGCGCGCGUGCGGCGCCACGUCGAGGACCCUGCCGACGCAGACCGCCUGCUGCAGGGCCGCUACCAGAUCAUCAACGUCUGGCGGCCCAUCGGCCACCCUGCGAGCGACUUCCCGCUGGCCGUUGUCGACUGGCGCACCACGCAACCCGACGACCUCGUCAAGGUUGACCUGCUGUACCCCGUGCGCGCCGGCGCCGACGACGACGGCGAUGACCGCGGCAAGGAGGCUCUGCCCGACGCCGCGACCGUCGACUCGACCGACGGCUAUGCCGCCCGCGGCGAGACGUUUGCCGUCGCGCCGAGCGACGCCCACAAGUUCUUCUACGUCAAGGACAUGACGCCCGACGAGGCCAUGUUCAUCAAGUGCUUUGACUCGCGGAGCCAGGGGCGCCCGCGCGGCAAGCCGGGCCGCGCUGACUACACACCGCACACGGCGUUUGUCGAUCCCCAGACGCCUGAGGGGGCCAAGGGGCGGCAGAGCAUCGAGGUGCGGUGCCUCGUGUUCUACGAGGAUGAGGCAUGA